AUGGCCGACGACAUCGUCAUCGACAAGCAGCUCUUCCACGACCGCCUGGGCAACUUUGUCGCAAAGUGGAAGGCCGACAAGCGUGCUGGCGAUGCCGUCUUCCAGGGCGCAAGCUCCCUCGCCACGGUCGUCGGUAAAGCCAGCGAGCCCGGCAGCUACUUGAAGCCUGCAGCUUUCCAGUUAUGGCUCCUGGGCUACGAGUUCCCUGCGACGCUCUUCAUCCUCACCCCCGACCUGCUCCAGAUCGUCACAACAAAGAAGAAGGCCUCGUACCUCGAGCCGCUGAAGGGUGGCAAGGUGCCCAUUGAGAUCCUCGUGCGCGGCAAGGACGCCGAGGAGAACAAGAAGCAGUUCCAGACAUGUCUCGAGACGCUGAAGAACGCCGGGAAAAAGGUCGCCGUGCUGAAGAAGGACAGCUCCACCGGAGGCUUCGCAGACGAGUGGAAAGCGGCCUUUGCCGACGCCGGCAUCAAGGAGGAGGACCAGGUCGAUCUCGCGCCCAUUCUCUCGCAGGCUGCGCUGUCGGUCAAGGACGAGAAGGAGCUGCGCACCAUCCGCGAUGCCUCGCGCGCAUCCAGCGCCCUCAUGACCAGCUACUUCGUGGAGGAAAUGUCCGACAUCCUCGAUUCCGAGAAGAAGAUCACGCACCGGGCCCUCGCCGACAAGGUCGCAAACAAAAUCGACGACGCAAAGUUCUUUGAGAAGCAGAAGGUCUCCAAGAACUUCGACGCCAUGCAGCUCGACUGGUGCCUCCAGCCCACCAUCCAGAGUGGCGGCGCAUACGACCUCAAGUUCGCCGCCGAGCCUGACGAGAACAACCUCCACGCCGGCGUCAUCAUCUCGGUCCUUGGUCUGCGCUACCAGACGUACGGCGCCAUGGUCGGAAGAACCUACAUGGUCGGGCCCAACAAGGAGCAGGAGACGGCCUACAAGCUGCUUCUGGCCAUCCACGACCUGGUCAUCAAGUCCAUCAAGGACGGCGCCGUCGCAAAGGACGUCUACAACAAGGCUCUCGCCCACCUGAAAUCCAAGAAGCCCGAGUGGGAGAAGCACUUCCCCAAGAACGUUGGCUACGGCAUUGGAACCGAGAACAAGGACAGUUCGCUGCUGUUAAGCGGUAAGAAUGUGCGUGUCCUGAAGGAUGGCAUGACCAUUGUCGUGCAGGCUGGCCUGCACGAUCUGGAGAACAGCAAGCCCCAGGACAAGAAGAGCAAGACAUACUCUCUGGUAUUGGUAGACACCGUGCGUGUUGGCCAGGGCGACGCGUCCGUCUUCACAAAGGACACCACGUCUGAUCUAGACGCUGUCUCGUUCUUCUUCGAUGAAGAGGAGGAGGAGGCUAAGCCGAAAGUCAAGAAGGAGCGUGCGCCAGCCAUUGCGCAGACGAACAUCACCAAGACACGCACACGACACGAGCGAACAACGAACCAGGACGCAGAAAAGGAAGAACAGAGGCGGCAGCAUCAGCGCGAAUUGCACCAGAAGAAGCAGCAGCAAGGUCUGGAGCAGUACAGCGAAGGCGCAAAGUCGCUCAACGGCACCGAGGAGAAGAAGUUCAAGCGCUUCGAAUCCUACAAGCGCGACAACCAGCUGCCCAACUCGGUUGCAAAUCUGGAGAUUGUGGUCGAUAAGAAAAGCCAGACAGUCAUCUUGCCAAUCAUGGGUCGACCGGUUCCCUUCCACAUCCACACCAUCAAGAACGCUUCCCACACGCCCGAAGCUGACGUUACCUCUCUUCGCAUCAACUUCCUCUCUCCAGGUCAGGGUGUUGGGCGAAAGGAUGAUCAGCCUUUCGAGGACCCUAACGCUCACUUCAUCCGCAGUCUGACUUUCCGCUCCCAGGAUAUCGAGCGCAUUGACCAGAUCACCAAGGACAUCACCGAGCUGAAGAAGGAAGUUGUACGACGAGACCAAGAAAAGAAGCAGAUGGAGGAUGUUGUUGAGCAGGACAAGCUCGUUCCUCUCAAGACUCGCAAGCCCUUCAACCUCGACCUCAUCUUCAUCCGACCCGCACUCGACGGCAAGCGUAUUCCCGGAAGCGUCGAGAUUCACCAGAACGGUUUGCGCUACAUCCACGGCGGUGGUAGCGCGAGGAUCGAUGUGCUGUUCAGCAACAUGAAGCACCUGUUCUUCCAGCCGUCGCAACACGAACUCAUCGUCAUCAUCCACGUCCAUCUCAAGAACCCCAUCAUGUUGGGCAAGAAGAAGACCAAGGACGUCCAGUUCGUCCGCGAAGCUACAGAAAUGCAGUUUGACGACACAGGCAACCGCAAGCGUCGCCACAAGUUCGGUGACGAGGAAGAGUUUGAGCAGGAGCAGGAAGAGCGGAGGCGACGAGCAGCACUUGACAAGGAGUUCAAGAACUUUGCCGAGAAGAUUGCAGAUGCUGCGCGCAACGAGAACGUCAGCGUCGACAUUCCAUACCGUGAGCUUGGUUUCAACGGUGUCCCAUCUCGAUCGUCUGUGCUUGUACAACCGACAACCGACUGCUUGGUCCAGCUCACCGAGCCGCCCUUCACAUGUCUUACCCUCUCCGAGAUUGAGAUCGUCCAUCUCGAACGCGUGCAGUUCGGUCUCCGAAACUUCGAUAUGGUCGUGGUUUUCAAGGACUACAACCGCCCUCCCGUUCACAUCAACACCAUUCCUGUCGAAUCACUCGACCCGGUCAAGGAUUGGCUGGACUCUGUCGAUAUUCCCUUCAGCGAGGGUCCGCUCAACCUCAACUGGGCUACCAUCAUGAAGACUGUCACCUCCGACCCGCAUCAAUUCUUUGCUGACGGCGGUUGGUCGUUCCUCUCUACCGAGUCCGACGACGAAGACGGCGAUGAGGAAGAAGAAGAGUCUGCUUUCGAGGUGUCAGAGUCUGAACUUGCCAUCUCGGACGAGUCGUCUGAAGAGAGCGAUUUCGAUGAGAACGCGUCUGAAGAGAUGAGCGACGAGGGCUCAGAAGACGAGUUCUCUGAAGGCGAAGAUUGGGAUGAGUUGGAAAAGAAGGCGGCGAAGAAGGACAAGGAAGGCACACUGGAAGACGAGGAAGAAAAGCCGAAGAAGAGGAAGCGCUGA